AUGAAAUGUUCUUAUUGUGAUAAAAAUAUUAUUGACAUAAACAAAUUUGUAUAUCACUUAGAGUAUGCUCACUCAAUGAAACAUAAGUAUGAAUGUCCAACAUGUAGUAGGUGUUUUACUAGAAGGGAUUGUUUUAAAAGGCAUUUUUUAUCCCAUGACAAAGAUUCGCUCAGUGAAAAUAUACCGCAAUUUGCAAAUGACAUUUUUGUUCCCGGGCCUAGUAUUGAUAGUUGUAAUAUUGCUAAUGAAGAGUAUAAUGAAUCUAGUUUUCAUGCGGAAGCAAAGAGGGAAGAAUUUUUAACGAAUUUACAAAAAGCAGUUUUAAAAUUCAUGACUAAAUUAAAUAUGGAUUUAUCUAUACAUCGUAGUUUUAUACAAAAGGUAAUAGAAUUUGUGAAAGAAUUUCUUAGUUCUGGUUUUUUAACGAUAUUAAAAGAUUUUUUAUUUUCUCCGGAACGUUCUGUUAAUCGCUCUCAUUUGGACGUAGCAAAAGAUUUAUUAGACCACAUUGUGACUUGUUUCAAUUUUAUUGAUUCUCAGGACGUAUCUAAAAAAAAUAAUAUAACCUCGUUAGUAUUAAAACAAAGGACCUGUACCUUUAUUCCAGUUUCGCAAACACUUAAACAGUUUAUGGCAAUACCAGGAGUUCUAGAAUCCAUCCAGAAAUAUCAGAAUGAAAGUUACGUUUCAAAAUUUUAUGAGCCACAAGGGGCACUUUACAAAAACAUAUUAAAUGGUAGUCUAUGGGAAGAAAUUUUACAAUCCACCCAAGGAAGUACACAUAUUCCUUUGAUAAUAUACUAUGAUGAUCUUGAAACAUCAAAUCCACUCGGAAGCCACGCGGGAGUUUAUAAAGUAGGAGCUGUUUACUUUAGCAUUGCUUCAAUACCACCAAGUUACAUGAGCAGGUUGGAAAAUAUCUUUAUAACACUAAUAUUUCAUAGUCAAGAGCGAAUCGAAUUUGGAAACAAAGCCAUAUUUAAUUGUCUUCUGGAAGAUCUAAAACAACUUGAAUCUGAUGGUAUUAUUGUUACGAAUGACAAACAAACUAUCAAGUUGUAUUUUGAUGUUGUUUUAAUAAUGGAUGAUAAUGUUGGUUUAAAUUCAAUUUUGGGAUUUGUUGAAAGUUUUUCUGCAAAUUAUUUUUGUAGAUUCUGUAUUACUCAAAAAGCUGUUACUCAACGUCAAACCCAACUUGACACUCAAAAUGAACGGUGGAAAAGAAAGUACGAAAAUCACGUCAAGAAUAAGGAAUACGGUAUAAAAGAAUUUUGCAUUUGGAACGAACUGAAAUAUUUUCAUGUUUACCAUAACCAUUCGGUGAAUUUUAUGCAUGAUUUUCUUGAAGGUAUACACAGGUACGAUAUGACUUUAACAAUAAAGUAUUUAAUUCAAGAACAUUUGUUUUCUCUUGAGACAUUAAAUUCAAGACUUAAAUAUUUUAACUACGAGUAUUCUGAACAAAAUCACCCACCGCCCGUUAAAAAAGAACAGCUUGAAAAGGGUAUGAUAGUUUUUUCUGCUUCAGAAAUGGCAUGUUUUGUCAAAAAUUUUAGAUAUUUUGUUGGUGAUCUUGUUCCUUUUAAUAAUCAAGCUUGGUUAGUUUAUUUGGACUUAUUGGAAAUUACUGAGAUCUUAUCUGGUUCUGAAAUAAGUUUAUCGGAUAUUCAAUGCUUAGAAAUGGUUACUUCCAAAUAUCUAAAUAAUCUUUUGCACUUAUAUCCCCAUGUUACUCUUAAGCCAAAGCAUCACUUUUUACUUCAUUACCCUGAGAUUUUAAGAAAAACUGGUCCUGUGUCAAAAAUUUCUUCCGUUCGCUUUGAAGCCAAACAUCGAGAAUUAAAAAAAAUUGCGAACAGUGUCCAAACUCGAAAAAAUAUUCCAUUAACUCUGGCUAUAAAAUGUCAAAUGCAAUUUGCAGGUAGAUGUAUUUCAGAAAGCGGAUUUGAAGAUCGCAUAUAUCUAAGCAAGCCAAUAUUUGAUUCUCCUAGCUUUGAGACUUAUCAGUUUGAGAAUGACUUUAACUGUGAUUCUUAUAAAGACAAUUUUUACCAAGUUAAGUGGUAUGAAAAAAAUGGUGUACGGUACAGUCUACUAGAUGUAAUUUCGUAUAAAACCGGUGAAGAAAGCCAAUACUGCACAAUUAAAAAUAUAUUCAUUGACCAUAAAUCAAUAAAAAUAUGUCAUCUCAUUUGUGAAAACCUAAAUACUAAAGAAUUAAAUAUUCAUUAUAGGUCACACAUAGUAGAGCCGGCUAAUAAGUACAUAUGUUUAAAACUGGAUGCAGUUCAUGGUCGUCCAACAGUCAUUCAUCAUUUAAAUAAUUUUAAUUUAGUUCCAUUUUCAAAAUCACUUUAA